GAACCCCAGCGCCUGGGCAAGGAUUGACACGGUGUGAGCCUCAGCGGCUGCUGCCUUAGUGAAAGAGCCCUAAGCGCGAGCCGAUCGCCCCGGCAGAGUCCGUGUAGUAAACACACUUCAGAAACGUGAGGUGCCGGGGGUCACGUGGGCGGCGCGUGGUCCAAUGAGGAGCCGGGGGCGGGGCCGAGAUCGCUGACGCGGCGGCGGCGGCGGCGGUGGCGGCGGCGGCGGCGGCGGUGGCGGAGUCACCCGGACAGCCUCGGGAGCGGUCACCGGCCGGCAGCCGUCCAGCCGCAUCGACCACCGUCUCUGCCCCUCCGUCCUUGGGCUCCGGGUCCCGAGCCGAGAGGCAGCGUGGCCUAACGGCGGCAGAGUCCUCCGCGGGUGCUCGGGGUGACUCACCGCGGGAGGGCCGUUCUGUCGUCGCGGGCCGCUUCGGCGGGGCGAGGUUACCGUGACGAACCUCCGUCGUGGCGGCUCCGGCUGCUGGGACUCGCCGGCGCUUCGGGGGUCCCGGGCCUCGCAAGUUAUGCCUCCGGUGCGGGCGCGGGCCGCGGGCGCCGGGUCCUAAAGGGCGUCACCCGCGGACUGGGAGCCCUCCAUUCAUCGCGCCCGGGGCGCCCUCGCCGGGGGCGGUCCCCUCCUGAGGACCACCGGGCCCCGAGACCCCCACGCCCGCGGCCGCCCCUUCCUGGCUCCCGGCGUGCGGGCGGUUCUCCUGGAAGCGCGGCCGUUUGUUAUGAGCCCGACCCUCCUGGCUUGAGUCUCUCCGGGGAAGGAAGUCGGCGGUGAGCCGCCGCGCCCCGGGCAUGGGGGUGAACGCGGUGCACUGGUUCCGAAAGGGGCUCCGGCUCCACGACAACCCCGCCCUGAAGGAGUGCAUCCAGGGCGCCGACACCAUCCGCUGCGUCUACAUCCUCGAUCCCUGGUUCGCCGGAUCCUCCAACGUGGGCAUCAACAGGUGGCGCUUUUUGCUUCAGUGUCUUGAGGAUCUUGAUGCCAAUCUACGAAAAUUAAAUUCUCGUCUAUUUGUGAUUCGUGGACAACCAGCUGAUGUGUUUCCAAGACUUUUCAAGGAAUGGAACAUUACCAAACUUUCAAUUGAGUAUGAUUCUGAGCCUUUUGGAAAGGAACGAGAUGCAGCUAUUAAGAAGCUGGCUACUGAAGCUGGUGUAGAAGUCAUUGUGCGAAUUUCACAUACAUUAUAUGACCUAGACAAGAUCAUAGAACUCAAUGGUGGACAACCACCUCUAACUUAUAAAAGAUUUCAGACUCUCAUCAGCAAAAUGGAACCACUAGAGAUACCAGUAGAAACAAUUACUUCAGAAGUGAUAGAAAAGUGCACAACUCCUCUGUCUGAUGACCAUGAUGAGAAGUAUGGAGUCCCUUCCCUGGAGGAGCUAGGUUUUGAUACAGAUGGCUUAUCCUCUGCAGUCUGGCCAGGAGGAGAAACUGAGGCACUUACACGUUUGGAGAGGCAUUUGGAAAGAAAAGCCUGGGUGGCAAACUUUGAAAGACCUCGAAUGAAUGCAAAUUCCCUGCUUGCAAGCCCUACUGGACUCAGCCCUUAUCUCCGAUUUGGUUGUUUGUCAUGUCGGUUAUUUUACUUCAAAUUGACUGAUCUCUACAAAAAGGUAAAGAAGAACAGUUCCCCACCGCUUUCUCUUUAUGGGCAACUAUUAUGGCGUGAAUUUUUCUAUACAGCAGCAACAAAUAAUCCCCGCUUUGAUAAAAUGGAAGGGAACCCCAUCUGUGUUCAGAUUCCUUGGGAUAAGAAUCCCGAGGCUUUGGCUAAAUGGGCAGAAGGCCGGACGGGUUUCCCCUGGAUUGACGCCAUCAUGACGCAGCUCCGUCAAGAGGGCUGGAUUCACCAUUUAGCCAGACACGCAGUGGCUUGCUUCCUGACACGAGGCGACCUGUGGAUUAGCUGGGAGGAAGGAAUGAAGGUAUUUGAAGAAUUACUGCUUGAUGCAGAUUGGAGCAUAAAUGCUGGCAGUUGGAUGUGGCUCUCGUGUAGUUCCUUUUUCCAACAGUUUUUUCAUUGCUAUUGCCCUGUUGGUUUUGGAAGGAGAACAGAUCCCAAUGGAGACUAUAUCAGACGUUAUUUGCCAGUCUUAAGAGGCUUCCCUGCAAAGUACAUCUAUGAUCCCUGGAAUGCACCAGAAGGUAUCCAGAAGGUAGCCAAAUGUUUAAUAGGAGUUAAUUAUCCCAAACCGAUGGUAAACCAUGCUGAAGCAAGCCGCUUGAAUAUUGAAAGGAUGAAACAGAUCUAUCAACAGCUUUCCCGCUAUCGUGGACUAGGUCUUCUUGCAUCAGUGCCUUCUAACCCUAAUGGGAAUGGAGGUCUCAUGGGGUAUGCGGCUGGAGAUAACCUCCCAGGCUCUAGCAGCAGUGGAAGUGCAGGUUGUUCUCAAGGGAGUGGUAUUUUACAUUAUGCUCACGGAGACAGUCAGCAAAUGCAUCUGUUAAAGCAAGGGAGAAGCUCGAUGGGCACUGGUCUUAGCAGUGGGAAACGCCCUAGUCAGGAAGAGGACUCACAGAGUAUUGGUCCCAAAGUCCAGAGACAGAGCACCAACUAAUUAGAAAACAUUCAGGAGGAAUACUGUUGCAGCUGAAAUUGGUGGGAAAUUCAAUACUUUUCAUUGAAUUAUUUAAAAAUGUUCUUCAUUGAUGGAAAGCAGUUACAUUUCAAAUGCAUUAUUUCUAAUGCCAUUUCUGUGGUUUCAACUUUUUAAUGAAUUUCAUGUAGGACAAAUGAUAAUUUGUAUAUAAAGAACUUGGCAAAAUAAUUUGCUUAAUGUAAAUAUAGUCAUAAUUAGUAGAUACCCAUCAGUAUAUUUUUGAUAAAUUUUCAUGUAUGGUAAAAGUUAAAGAUGAAAACUGGUAUUCUGACAUAAAAUUCAAAGUUGGAAGAGUCAGUUUGGGAAAGAAGGAGGUUUUUAGACUUUCUUAAAAAAAACUUUGUUAAAAUCCUAGGACAAAAUUUUCUUAACAUUGUUGUUUGAUCUAAUGUCACGCUCUUUGAUAACCAUGUUUUAGAAAAUGUGUGUAAUCAAAAUUAGUAGUGUUGCCUCUUUUAACUUGUCCAUUCUAUGUUCUAAAGCUUCAUGUAUGCCUGUGCCUGUCUUGGCCCAAACUUCUGGGAAAAUCAUGUGUUCUCUUUCCCCUCUUUGUUCAUUUAUAACUAAAAUGACUUUGUUAUUAAAGUAUAUGCAAAUAUAGAA